CUCUCUGACCUCAUCAAUGAGCCCUUCGGUCCAUUUCUCGAGGAAGACGCGCUGACGACCACCGUGCCGAACACAACGCAGAGGAACAUCGUGGCGCUGGAAUGCCUUCUCCUUGAAGGGAACGGCAGUAUCACAGGCCUAGACGAAUGUGAACAGUUCCAGCCCGAGUACAACAAGGAGUUGUAUGAGGUACAGAAGGUCCCAGUGCGCUUUCAUGGAGUCCUCGAAAUCCAACGCCUCACAUGGCUGACCCCCGAAGCCAUCGCCGGCAUUGAGGAGGACCUACGCGACCGCGACCUGGUCGCGAGGGCAACGCUCAACCCAGAGGCUCGACCAAGUACUCUCACGCUCAAGCAAAUGUAUCACCCAACUCCAGGGUUCUCUGGUGGCCAGCUCAAGAUCAAGGUCAAGAUCCAAGGCACGCGGAUCAACACAGCCGUAUAUCUCAACGGUAAGUAUAACCGCCUGCCUGCCAUUCGCAGGACUCGCAGAUAUGCCGUGAAUUCCAUGCAUAUCAACACAUAUGAACUCAGUCGCCGCUACCUCUCUCGCUACCAGCUACAUUACACCCUGCGAACCCUUCUUGCCCUAGACGCAGGAUCGAACACUCACGCAAACAAUCAUACCAAGCUCGAGAAACGCACUCCAGAAUGGUUCAUCGACCUGUACUUCAAGCAUUUCGCAUACCUCGGCGCCGCCCGCCAACAUCGGCCGCUCUACAUUGAGUCGGACUCCGACAUCGAGCACAACACAGCCGGCCGGAUGAAGGCAGGUCGUGAGCAUACAUUACGGCACGUCUCCAGGGCAGAAGUGCGCUCUCGCAUCGCGGAGCACGCCAAAUGGCUGAUAGAAGAGCAAAAGUUGAAUAACAAAAACAAGUGGAUCGACGUGGACAUUUGGACCGCGUGGCUAGGUAGAGUGGGUCAUCUUCGUAGGGAAGCUAAGGAAGCCGGCCGAGUCUUUGGUGUCUGGGACGGGGCCGACGUCAGCCUGGAGGACGAUACGGACCUUGAGGAUCUCCCUCGCCGUCCCAAUCCUGCCAGACGCAAGAGUAAACCUGCGACUAAGACGACCAGACGAGCUGCCUCGCCCAGAAUAGUAGAUGUUUACCUGCCGGAGCCAUACACAGACGAGGCUAUGAUGCGGACCUACGAUCCAGACUUCUCACCUCCCUCAACUACCCUCGGAUCCCCUACAAGUACCCCUUCGCGUCCCAGCACCCCCGUUGAUCCUGACCUGCUAGCCAGACUCCCAUCGCAGCUAUGGCAUCCUCCCAACGUCAACGCAUUACUGAUCUGGCCAUGUCCGUGGGACGGCUGCUCCUACACAAUCAAUCUCCUCCACCCAAAGGAAGAGGAUAUGGACCACCCUGAUAUCACGGAGGAGGAUAAGCAGCGGUUCCGAAGCAGGACGUGGAAAGGGCCAAGGGAUGUGCGUGCUCGCGAGGCGUUCGCGUACAUGGUAGACAAACACCACGACUACCACUUCCGACAAUUGGGCAUU